AAACAGGUCAUACGGGCGAUAGUGUCAACUUCAGGGCAACGUCAUCCAACCGCUUCUCGGCCAUAAAACCGGAGAGCUUAGGCUUAGCGAUAAGGAUCUCACUAACAAUUGGCUGAAAAAAUUCGAGCCGGUUCUUCCAGCAAAUCCGCCACAAAAAAAAACACCAUUUCUUCGGCGCGGAUCAUCCCAUCCAUUCUCCAUCCGGCAGCUAGCGCUGCGUUACUCUUGAUAAUCCAAGGGGAUGGAGGUCAUCCGCGGGCCGAUUCUGCCGCGCUGCGCUGCACCUUCUCUGACCUCCGGCUCCCGGAUCGGCGGCCAGCUGCUGAGGCGCGUGCGCAUGCGGAGGAGGGCUUGCGGUGGUGUCUCGCCAGGUGACGGCUACGACGGCGUGUCGCGCAGGUUCUUCGGUGCCCCGACUCAGCAGCACAGCACUAGCUUCUGGCCUGUUUUCUGUAGCUACGGCUCGUCAUCUGACGGGGACGGCGCCCCGCCGGCGAACUUCGACGCCAGCGGCGAGGAGUUCGUCGACUCCAGCGUCAUGGAGGCUGUCGAGCUCAGAUGUGUGUCAGAUGGUUUUGUGAUAAGAAUGCGCGACGGAAGGAACCUUAGGUGUGUCCAGAAUAAUCCCCGCGUGCUGAGACUGCGGGAUUCUACGCCUCACCAUGCUAUCGUGCUCAAGAUGGAAGAUGGAAGCGAUCUUCUGCUCCCCAUUAUUGUCAUGGAGACACCAAGUAUCAUGCUACUGGCCGCCCUUCGGAACAUUCGAAUUCCAAGGCCAACAAUCUAUAAUGUGGUAAAGGAGAUGACCGAAAUGAUGGGAUAUACGGUACGUUUGGUGCGGAUUACAGAAAUGGUGCAUGAUGCUUACUAUUCUAGAUUGUAUCUUGCAAAGAUUGGAAAUGAAGAAGAGACUAUUAGUUUUGAUCUCAAGCCAUCAGAUGCCAUCAACAUUGCUUUCCGGUGCAAGGUUCCUAUACAAGUCAAUAAGCGUAUUGCGUACAACAACGGUCUGAAAGUUAUACAACCAAAGCCAACUGGGAGUUACGUGAACUCUGACCAAAUCCAGUACACAAGACUGGACAAGCCUGGUGACCAGCCUUGCUUUGAAGCCCAGGAGUUCGAUUUGGUCCGCGGUAUGCUUAUUGCUGCUGUUGAGGAACGCUAUAAAGAUGCUGCUCAAUACAGAGACCGCCUUCUCAUGUUCCGGGCAAACAAAAAGAACACGAUAUAACAGAGCCUGAUGGGGGUGUACAUAGUGACCGUUGCCAAGGAAAUAGAAGCUUUCGCAAGCAUCAAGAAGCACGAUGUGAAUAUGUACAUAGCUAAUGAUUGUAACUUUUAAUAUUUUUCUUUUUUGAAGACGGGUUGUAUGGAAAGCUGUACAAUUGAUUAUAGUCAAACAUCUAUCAAAUUACUUAGAUAUUUUUUAGGGAA